UUAAGUAUCAAUUCAUGAAUAACCAAUUGUCAUUCACAAGAGGAUCUAAUGUGACUUUUUAAAUUCUCGCGCGUCGUUAAGCGCGCGAUCGAGUUUUUACUUUCACUGCCGGUAUUACGAUAACGAAUAUUUUCAUGUAUAAGUCGGAUUACAGAAUAAAUUUCACAGAAUAGAGUCAUUCCGCGUCGAUAGCGAUACCAUUCCUGGAGUGAACUGAGCCAUGUGUAAACUGAGACAUAAUCAAAUAUUGAUCAUUAUGCUGAUGACAUUAUUACUUCAUAGUGAAAUUAUUGUAUCAGUCACAGACGCUACAGUCUACAGACUCCUGACUGAAUUUCUUCAAAAUAACGUUGCAGGCAUACCUCUUGUGCAUGAGAAAACGGAAUGGAACUUUGAUCCAGAGAUUGGCAAGCAAAGAAGGAUUCAAUAUGAGCAAGAAAACGGACGUUUUGGAGAAUAUGCGAUAGCAAAAUUAGGAAUGGGCAUCGGAUAUAAAGGUCCUUGGGGAGAUCCAGUGAAAGGUUGAAACAUUAAACUAUGGCUAACGAUGAUAGCGUUAACAACAGUCGCUAUCUUUUUUUUCACUCUAAUCGAUGAAAGUACAGCUAUACUCGCGG